AUGAGUCUGACAAUGAAUAAUUUCUCCCACCAUGCACCGUCACCAUCUACCCAUCACCAUUCACUCACACACCUCCAACAUCCGAAUUCGCAUCACUCACCAGACACUCACCAACACUCUACCCAGGGCCAUUUUUCGAUCAGAGGAGUCCCUGAACCCGGCCGCACGUACCCUUUAAACGCCGUCCGCCACUCGUCACGGGACGAUCUGUCUUACACAUCCUACUCCGAACAACCAAGGUAUUCCAGACAACUUAUGCAACCACAACCUGAGCGUCGAUCCAACUCUCCCUAUCACCACAUGAUGAACGUGCCCCAAGUCCAACAAGCUCCUCUGCCGCCUCCCCAUGCUCCCAUGCAUGAUCCCAAUUCCCGCCCACCUGCCCCCGGUGUCCCAUACGACUUUCCUCAAGAAUAUGCCCCGCCCAAUCCCGGCCCGUCCGACUUUCAUCAUCCGCCCCCAAUGUAUCGUCCCGACGUCAACCCGGUCCCCGCUCAAGCCCCCCCGCCCAUGCAGGGUCAGCAAAACCCAACUCACGGCUCUCGCCCGCUCAAUAAUAGUAAGCGAGCCGAGCAGAACCGAAAGGCCCAGCGUGCGUUCCGGGAGCGGCGUGAUCAGCACGUGAAGCAACUCGAGAGUCGAUCGGCAAUGCUCGAUGUGGCUUUGGCGAACGCAGAUGAGGCCAACAGGCGUCUAGAAGACCAGAGGAUAUUGGUUGAACAGUUGCGUGCCGAAAACCAGGCCCUCCGGACCGCUCUGUCUGCAUAUGUUCCUCAGCACGGACACCCGCACUCACAACUUAUGAUCCAAACGGUGCCCAUUCCCGGAAUGCCCCUCAAUCCCCCGGUAGGCCAGCCGAUUCCCCCACCCGGGGUAGCGACAGAAGCAGCUCCUCCUCAACCAGGACAGCCUCAACCCCCGGCACCAGCAUUGGAUCCAUCUCUCCCAUCUCAGACACAGAACUCGACGCAGGACUCGGGCUCGGGACCGUUGAAUUCCGGGAUCGACGAUAUGGCCCCACUCGGGUAUCCGCAAGUUGAAGGUCAAACUGCUCACCAGCCAGACUCGAGCGACCGCAGGUCUGGCACGCCCGCUGCCGUUCCUGAAGGCUCUCCCGCUCCUCCCGGCCCGCCUGCAACCGCAGAGGCGGGUGCCGAGGCUGAGAAGCCCGGUGAUGCAUGA